AUGGAGCCCGGUGCGUGCGAUGAGUUUGCCCGGUCUCAGGCGCCGCAGAGCGCGGCUCCCGCUGCCGCCGGCAGGAAUUGGGGGCUGCACCUGGCCCGGGUGAGCUUCGUGGUGCGCGCCUUCGGCUCGGCCUUCACCCUCGACCUGCGCCUCAACCACCACCUCCUCUCCUCCCACUACGUGGAGCGGCACCUCGGCGCGGGUGGCAACGGCACCCACAGCACGGGCGCAGGGGAGCACUGCUACUACCAGGGCCGGGUCCGGGGGCAGCCCCGCUCCUUCGCCGCCCUCUCCAGCUGCCAGGGCCUGCACGGGGUCUUCUCGGACGGCCGAGCCACCUACCUGAUCGAGCCCCAGGCGGGCGCGGAGCACGGGCAGGGCCUUCGACCACACGUCGUCCAGCGCGUCCCCAGCUGCGCCCGACCGGGCUGCCUCUUCCCUGCGCUGAACCAGCACCUCGCGGGUGGGUUACCAAAGCUGCGGCGGCGGCGGCAGGUCCGCCGAGCCCAGCACACGGUUCACAGCGAGACCAAGUACAUCGAGCUGGCGGUGGUGAACGACCACCAGCUGUUCCUGCAGUUCCGCAAGUCCGUGGUUCUCACCAGCAACUUCGCCAAGUCUGUGGUCAACCUGGCUGACAUGAUCUACAAGGAGCAGCUCAACACCCGCAUCGUGCUGGUGGCCAUGGAGACCUGGGCCUCGGAGGACCGGAUCCGGAUGGGGGAGGACUCCCUGGAGACCCUGAACGAGUUUGUGAAGUACCGGCGCGAGGGCCCGGCGGAGCAGAGCGACACCGUCCACCUCUUCUCGGGUCGGACCUUCCAGAGCAGCCGCAGCGGCACCGCCUUCGUGGGGGGCAUCUGCUCGCCCGCCCGCGCCGGGGGUGUCAAUGAGUACGGCAACGUGGCGGCCAUGGCGGUGACGCUGGCGCAGACGCUGGGGCAGAACGUGGGCAUGAUGUGGAACAAGCACCGCGCGGCGGCAGGGGGAUUUGUCCCCAGCACCGUCCCCUCGUCCCUGCAGAUCUACAAGGAGCAGCUCAACACCCGCAUCGUGCUGGUGGCCAUGGAGACCUGGGCCUCGGAGGACCGGAUCCGGAUGGGGGAGGACUCCCUGGAGACCCUGAAUGAGUUCUUUGUUCCUGGGGGGGGAUUUGUCCCCAGCACCGUCCCCUCGUCCCUGCAGAUCUACAAGGAGCAGCUCAACACCCGCAUCGUGCUGGUGGCCAUGGAGACCUGGGCCUCGGAGGACCGGAUCCGGAUGGGGGAGGACUCCCUGGAGACCCUGAACGAGUUUGUGAAGUACCGGCGCGAGGGCCCGGCGGAGCAGAGCGACACCGUCCACCUCUUCUCGGGUCGGACCUUCCAGAGCAGCCGCAGCGGCACCGCCUUCGUGGGGGGCAUCUGCUCGCCCGCCCGCGCCGGGGGUGUCAACGAGUACGGCAACGUGGCGGCCAUGGCGGUGACGCUGGCGCAGACGCUGGGGCAGAACGUGGGCAUGAUGUGGAACAAGCACCGCACGGCGGCAGGGGACUGCCGGUGCCCGGACUCCUGGCUGGGCUGCAUCAUGGAGGACACAGGGUACUACCUCCCACGGAAGUUCUCCCGCUGCAGCAUCGACGAGUACAACCAGUUCCUGCAGGAUGGCGGUGGCAGCUGCCUCUUCAACAAACCCCUGAAGCUCCUGGACCCUCCGGAGUGCGGCAACGGCUUCGUGGAGGCGGGAGAGGAGUGUGACUGCGGCUCGCUGGCGGAGUGUGCGAAGAGCGGGGGCAACUGCUGCAAGAAGUGCACGCUGACCCACGACGCCAUGUGCAGCGACGGGCUCUGCUGCAAGGGCUGCAAGUACGAGCCGCGCGGUGUGUCCUGCCGGGAGGCCGUGAACGAGUGUGACAUCCCCGAGAGCUGCACUGGGGACUCCAGCCAGUGCCCCCCCAACCUCCACAAGCUGGACGGCUACUUCUGUGAAAACGAGCAGGGACGAUGCUACGGCGGGCGCUGCAAGACCAGAGACCGGCAGUGCAACGCGCUGUGGGGCCGUGGCUCGGCUGAGCGUUUCUGCUACGAGAAGCUCAACGUGGAGGGGACCGAGAGGGGCAACUGCGGGCGCGAGGGCCUGGGCUGGCUGCAGUGCAACAAGCAGGAUGUCCUCUGCGGCUUCCUCCUCUGCGCCAACAUCUCGGGGGCGCCCCGGCUGGGCGAGCUCAGCGGGGAGAUCGCCGCCACCACCUUCUUCCACCAGAACCGCUACGUGGACUGCAGGGGAGGCCACGUGCAGCUGGUGGACGGCUCGGACCUGAGCUACGUGGAGGACGGGACGCCAUGCGGGCCCGGGAUGCUGUGUCUCGACCGCAAAUGCCUUCCAGCCACCGCCUUUAACUUCAGCUCCUGCCCCGGCAGCUGGGACGGGAAGAUCUGCUUCGACCACGGGGUUUGCAGCAACGAGGGGAAGUGCAUCUGCCGGGCGGAGUGGACGGGGAAGGACUGCAGCGUCUACGACCCCAUCCCCGAGCCAAAGCCCACGGGGGAGACGGAGCGAUACAAGGGUCCCAGUGGCACCAAUAUCAUUAUCGGCUCCAUCGCGGGGGCCGUGCUGGUGGCCGCCAUCGUCCUAGGGGGGACAGGCUGGGGAUUUAAGAACAUCCGUCGAGGAAGGUACGACCCGGCACAACAGGGAGUGUAACCGUCCCCCCCAUCAUCUCCUCCUCGUCACCGUCCCUGUCACCGUCACCGUCCGGCGGCCUGACGGCGUGGGAGCCCCCCCGGCCGGGCCCGUCUGUCCGUGUCGCUGUGUGUCCGGCCGUGCUGUCUCCAUCUCUGUGCCCCCCUACAGCUGAAAAGAGACGGCGGUUGAGUGGGGAGGGGGGGCCUGGCAGCAGCCCCCCCCGUGCUGGCUCUUUUCAGCUCAGUGUCCCUCCCAUGUGUCCCCCCUCCGUGUCACAGCCCCACACUAAACGCACCCCACUUCUGUGUUGCAGGUCCGGGGGGUCCUGAGUGGGGCCACUUUGCCC